GUGUAAAAAGGAACUAUUGUAUUUACAAUGUAUAAUACACAAUUCUUGAAUUUUAUAAUCUUUAUCAUAUAUAUUUUUAUUCAUUUCAUUCUAAUUUUUCAAUUAGUCAUACACACAAAAAAACCUUGAUUAUUAUAUUUCAUUGUUUUAUUUAUUUAAAAAUAAAAUUUACGUAUGACUAACAAAUAAUUCUUCAAUAUAAUUUACUUGAUAUGAUAUCAAGACUAAUAACACUUUUCAACUAAUGGUAAAUCUUCAUACAAAGGUCAUACAUAGGAACUACUUGACAGCAAUUAUAAUUAUACAAUAAGACUCAUACAGACAAUUAUAUCCUAUUCAUAUUUCUUAUCUUUCUUUUUAUAAUUUAGCAAUUAUUCUAAGUAUGUUUUAUCCCUUCUCUCUUAUAUAAAGCUAAUUUUCUUAUAAACGGAAAUUAUCAUUUAAAUCUAUAUAAAAAUUCCUCUCAUCGUAGAAAAUAGAUACAUUGACAAAUUGCAUUAUUGUCUCAUUCUCUCUUUCUCCCCCCUUCCCAAUUUUAGUGUUCAAAACACUAAGCUUUUUACAAAUAGGCUCAAAGAACUUUGGAAAAAUUACCUAGGUACAAAUUGAUUUGCUAUGCCCUUUGGCCGGUACUCUGGAUCAACCAUCAAAAGGAUAUGUGGAAAAAAAUAUAUGUGUACCAAAAUAUGCACCAUCGAUAUAAUGAUGUCUAGAACUUUUAGAUUUAUAGAUAUUCAUAUAUUUAGAACAAUAAAUCUUAACCCAUCCUUUGCCCGGAAUAUCGCUCAGACCUGGAGUACAAGCUGCGGAAAAUGGAUAUUACAAGUACUUCAUUGGUCUAUUCAUACCACGCUUGGUUACAUACUUAUGAUGGCAAUUAUGACAUAUAACGUAUAUAUUAGUAUUGCCCUUGCUAUCGGAGGUUCCUUGGGAUACUGGAUAUUUGGUCCUGCCUUGAUAGAAUUAAAUAUGAGUCAAUUUCGAAAAAGACAAAAGAUCAUUAAAUGCGACAAGGAAUGCUUAGAUGCUAUUCUUAACCAAGAAAGACGCGAGUCUGCUGUCUCUGUUAUUGCGGAACAAUUAGUAUUAGAAGCAACGGCAGAGAUUCAUACACCUAGAGAUGUCUGAAAAGAUAUGUUUCCUUGACUCGAUUGGAAUUAAUCUCAAAUGUAAAAUUCAAUUAAAAGAACAAUUUAUACUUUUCACAAUUCCCAUCAUCAUUUUUACAGAUAUGUGUUUGUGGCUACAAUCAAGAACAAGAGAAAGUACAAUAAAAUGAAUAAAAAAUAAAAUCAUUGAAAAC